AUGGAUCUGUACCAGACGCCUGCCAGGGCCCUGGACAAGUUUGUCCAGGAUCAGCUCAAGCCACACAAAGCCUUCCUGGACCAGGUGAGCCAAGCAGUGAACACCAUUUGCAGAGUGCUGCGGGAGAAGUGUUUCCAGAGCUCCACUGCCAGGGUCCGAGUGCUGAAAGUGAUUAAGGGUGGCUCCUAUGGCCGGGGCACAGCCUUGAGAGGAGGCUGCGACGCUGACCUCGUCGUGUUCCUCAGCUGCUUCAAGGCCUAUGCUGACCAACGGGCCUGGCCACCAGAGAACUUUGCUGAAAUCCGGGCCCAAUUGGAAGCCUGUUGGCAGAACCAACCACAGACCUUGAGCCUCCAGUUCUGCCCCCAAGAAGAUCCUGGAGCCUUGAGAUUCCAGCUGAUAUCAGCCACGCUCCACAGCUGGAUGGACGUUUCUCUGAGACCUGCCUUCAAUGCCUUAGGACAGCUCAGCUCUGACUCCAAGCCCAGCCCCCAGAUCUAUGCAGACCUCAUCAGCAGCCGCUCCCCAGCUGGCACAUUUGCCACCUGUUUCACAGAGCUGAGAAGGGACUUUGUCAACGUUCGUCCCUGCAAGCUGAAGCACCUGAUCCUCCUGGUGAAGCAUUGGUACCUGCUGGUGACAGAGGCUCCUCAAGGGAAGCUCCAAUCAAAAAGAGCAUCUCUGCCCCCAGUCUAUGCCCUGGAGCUCCUAACCAUCUAUGCCUGGGAAAAGGGCUGCAGUAAAGAGAAAUUCAAUAUUGCUGAAGGUUUCCGAACUGUGUUGGGGCUAGUUCAGAGCUACCAGAAACUCUGUGUCUACUGGGAGGUCAACUACAGCUUUAAGGACGAAAUCAUUGGGCCUUUCCUACGAAGCCAGCUCAAGAAACCCAGACCUUUGAUCCUGGAUCCUGCUGAUCCAACUUGGGACGUGGGUCGCAGCCAGGGCCAGUGCUGGGACCUGCUGGCCCAGGAAGCUGGGUCCUGCCUGUCCUGUCCCUGUUUUGUACAAGGAGACGGCUCCCAGGUGCGGCCCUGGGAUGUUCUGGUGAACAUGGAUCUCUACCAGACUCCAGCCAAGGAUCUCGAUAAGUUCAUUCAGGACGUUCUCCGACCAGACACGGGUUUCCAGGAGCAGCUGGGCAAAGUCACAGACACUAUCUUCAAGUGCCUCCGGGAAAAGUGCUUCCGAUCAUCUUCUCCGGCCAUCCGGGUGCUGAGGGUCAGCAAGGGUGGCUCCUAUGGCCGGGGCACAGCCUUGAGAGGAGGCUGUGAUGCUGACCUCAUCGUGUUCCUUAGCUGCUUCAAGACCUAUGCUGACCAACGGGCCUGGCCGCCAGAGAACUUUGCUGAAAUCCGGGCCCAAUUGGAAGCCUGUUGGCAAAACCAAUCACAGACCUUGAGCCUCCAGUUCUGUCCCCAAGAAGAUCCUGGAGCCUUAAGAUUCCAGCUGGUGUCAGCUACUCCCCCUGGCCAGGUGGACAUUUCCCUUCAGCCUACUUUUGAUGCCUUGGGGACAUAUUCACAGUGUUUUACUGAGCUCCAGAGGAAUUUUGUCAACAGUUGUCCUUCUAAGCUAAAGAGUCUCAUUCUUCUAGUGAAACACUGGUACCAGCAGUGCUUGCCCCCAGUCUAUGCCCUGGAGCUCUUGACCAUCUAUGCCUGGGAGCAAGCUGGGAGAAAGAACAAAUUCCAUGUGGCUGAAGGUUUCCGGACGGUCUUGGACCUUAUUCGGGAGUACCAGCAGCUCUGCAUCUACUGGACAGUCAACUAUGACUUCUCAGAUAAGACCAUCAGGAGUUGCCUACAGAAGCAGCUGCAGAAGCCCAGGCCCCUAAUCCUGGAUCCAGCAGAUCCCACCUGGAAUGUGGGUCAGGGGAACUGGGAGAGGCUGGCUCGGGAAGCCGAAACCUGUGGGAGCCAGUCCUGCUUUGUGAAUGGGGAUGGGUCUUCAGUGCAGCCAUGGGAUGUGAUGCCAGCUCUACUUCAACAAACUCCAUCCUGGGACCUGGACUGCUUCAUCAGUAAAUUCCUCCAACCCAACCGAGAAUUCCUGGGACAGGUGAACAGAGCUGUGGACAUCAUCUGCUCAUUCCUGAAAGAAAACUGCUUCCGGAAUUCAUCCACUAAGGUGCUCAAAGUAGUUAAGGGAGGCUCCUCAGCCAAGGGCACCGCUCUCCGGGGCCGCUCAGAUGCUGACCUCGUGGUAUUCCUUAGCUGCUUCCGCGGCUACUCCGACCACGGAACCAACCGCGCGGAACUCAUCGCUGAAAUCCGGGCGCAGCUGGAAGCCUGCCAGCGGCAGAAGCAGUUUGAGGUGAAGUUCGAGAUCUCCAAGUGGGAGAACCCCCGGGUGCUCAGCUUCACCUUGUUCUCCAAGUCCCUGGACCACAGCGUGGACUUCGACGUGCUUCCUGCCUUCGAUGCGUUGGGUCAACUGGGCUCAGGCACAAAACCCAAGCCCCAGGUCUACAUUGAUCUCAUCGACAGCUACAAUAACGGGGGCGAAUUCUCCACCUGCUUCACAGAACGGCAGCGGGAUUUUGUUGUCUCUCGUCCCACCAAGCUGAAGAGUCUCAUCCGCCUGGUAAAGCAUUGGUACAAACAGUGUAUGAGAAUUCCCAAAGGGCGAGGGGCACUCCCCCCACAGUAUGCACUAGAGCUCUUGACCAUCUAUGCCUGGGAACAGGGGAAUGGGACAGCCCAAUUCGACAUGGCUGAAGGCUUCAGAACAGUCCUGGAACUGGUCCAGAAUUACAAGAACCUCUGUAUCCACUGGAAGGUCAACUAUGACUCUGAGAAUGAGAUCAUCAAAAAUUUCCUAACUCAGCAACUCCGGAAACCCAGGCCAAUCAUCCUGGAUCCUGCUGACCCAACUGGGAAUCUGGGCCCAGGCACCCGCUGGGAUCUUUUGGCAAAGGAAGCUGCCUCUUAUGCAAACUCUGUGUGCUGUGCAAACAAGUUCGGGGACUUUGUCCAGCCCUGGGUACUGAAGGGUGGAUCCUAUGGCAGAGACACUGUUCUCAAAGGUCGCUCUGAUGGCACACUUGUCAUCUUCCUCAACGAACAAUUUGAAGAUGAUAUUGCCCAGAAGAGGAAAAUUAGACAGGUGCUGGAAAUGUGGGAUCCACGGCCAAUAGAGAAGGUAGAGAUGAUAGGGGAUAAACUCCAGCUGGUGCUGGUAACGUCUGAGCUUCAUAUUACCUUUGAGGUGCUUCCUGUCUUCAGCACCUGGGUUAAACCAAGUAACUGGAAUUCCCGUACGUGGGCCUCAAGCUAUAAGCCAAGCCCUGAAGUUUACCGGAAUCUGAUAAAGCCAGAAAACUCUGCUUGUGAAUCGUCGGUCUGCUUUACAGAACUACAAGGGAACUUCUUCAACACUCGCCCCCAAAAACUGAAGAAUCUGAUACUCUUGGUGAAGUUCUGGUAUCAGCAGUGCCAAAGGAGACUGGGGCAAGAUUCCUUUCCCCUACAAUAUGCCCUGGAGCUGCUCACGGUCUAUGCCUGGGAGCAGGGGAGUGAUGAGGAGGAAUUCAACACAGGUGAAGGCAUCCUAACAGUCCUGGAGCUGAUUACACAAUAUGACAAGCUCUGUAUCUACUGGACAGUCAACUACAACUUUGAAGAUGAGACCAUCAGGAACUACUUACAGAAUCAGCUCCGAAAAGUCAGGCCAAUAAUCCUUGAUCCAGCAGACCCAACUCAUAACGUCAGUGGAAGUGACCCUGAACCCUGGAAACAGCUGGCCAAAGAAGUGAAAGACUGGUCAUUUUUCUCCUCUUUUAUGGUGGAUAAUAUGUCAUCUUUGCUGCCCUGGGAUGUACUGCCAGCAUCUCUUUAUGCAACUCGAGGUCACUGGCUUGAUACAUUCAUCAAGGAUUUUCUUCAACCUGAUAAAACGUUCCUGGAUCAGACUGGAGUAGCCGUGGACAUCAUCUGUUCGUUCCUGAAAGAAGAAUGCUUCCGAAAUUCACUUACGAAGGUUGAAAAAGUUGUGAAGGGAGGAUCCUCUGCCAAAGGCACAGCCCUGAAAAGAGGCUCUGAUGCAGACUUGGUUGUCUUCCUCAGCUGCUUCAAAAACUAUAGUGAUCAAAAUACCAACAGGUUAGCCAUCAUAAAGGAGAUCCAGAAGCAGCUGGAAGCCUGUCAGCAGAAGAAGCAGUUUGAAGUUGAGCUUGAGAUCUCCAAGUGGGAGAACCCACGGGUGCUCAGCUUCACCCUGAAAUCCAAAAGGCUCAACCAGAGCCAAGAAUUUGAUUUGCUGCCAGCCUUCAAUGUUCUGGGUGAGGCCUUCCUUGGCAAUAAAUCUAAACCAAACCCUGAGGACUACAUCAAACUCAUCAAACUGUAUGAAUCAUCCUAUUCCAGCAAGGGGGGUGAAUUCUCCACCUGUUUCACAGAACUGCAAAGAGACUUCAUCAUCUCUCGUCCCACUAAGCUUAAGAGUCUUAUCCGUCUGAUGAAGCACUGGUACAAGCAGUGUCACAAGAAAUUGAAGAAGAAAGUGUCCUUCCCUCCAAAGUAUGCCCUGGAACUUCUGACAGUCUAUGCCUGGGAGCAAGGUAGUGGGAUGGAAGAUUUUGACACAGCUGAAGGCUUCCGGACAGUCCUGGAGUUAAUAAUGCAAUACCAACAGAUCUGUAUCUACUGGAUAGUCAACUAUAAUUUUCAGAAUGAAAUCAUCAGACAUUUCCUAUCUACUCAGCUUAGGAAAUCCAGGCCUGUGAUCCUGGAUCCAGCUGACCCUACUGGAGAUGUAGGUGGAGGAAACCGCUGGGCCUGGCACCUCUUGGCCCAAGAAGCUGAAAUCUGGUCAUCUUCUCUCUGCUUCAAAAAAGGGAACUUUGAACCUGUGAAGCCCUGGCCAGUGCCGACGGUCCAGACUCCAGGAAGCAGUGGGCUUGGGCUCUAUCCCAUGGCCAACCCAACAUUCAGCAGCGAAAGGAGAAUGUUCUUCAUACCUUAA